AUGCGCUCCUUCUCUUCAUUGACCAGCUUGAUGCUGUCGAUAUAUCUCUUUCUCUCCUUCCUUUAUUCUUCCGCGGCUCAUCCUCACGGCUUCAAUGGUUUCCACCCUGGUCUCGCAGGUCGAGAUGAAGCAGUUCAGACAACCAAAUAUCCUAUCCCGGCCAAAGCUCAAAUCAGCUCCAUCUAUGCGAACUCAGCCACUCCUUGUUCCAGUGGCCAUUGCACUGUUGCUACCUCUCUUCCUGGAAACCUACCUUGCAAUGCUGUCAACGGCUCGACCUUUCUGGACACUGCUCCCAAUGGAACCAGGUACACACUGAUCUGUGAUGUGGACUUCCCUGCGCAGAAUAUCUACCCCUUUGUUCUGGCUGGCUCUUUUGACGCGUGUUUGGCACAAUGUGAGGCCUAUAAUCUCAAGAAUAUCACCGACACCCACUGUGCAGGAUUCGUCUUUGCACCAGAUCGCAUCAACGACGCGGACGACUGUUACUUGAAGUCUUCCUUGAACAGUCCAAGCUCAGCAACAAUCCAUCUCGUGGGUGCGACAAUCAUCUCUUCAGCUUCCGGUUGUACUUCGCCAGCCGCGUCUUCCGCUUUCCCAACUCCUCGUUCCUACCUUAGUGGCUCUACGCCUUCGCUUCGUGUAGGGGACUUCAAAAUGCUUGGUAGCUCCACAAACAAGCCUACGACUCAGUACGUGAGCCAUGUGCCCGCGAUCCCACAGAAGCUCGCAAGCAAGCUCCUGGUCCCGGGAAUUAACACCGACCUCAUCACACAGUACCCCAUAGCAGAUGAUACGGGCUCAUGGACCUCAAGCCAGCUGCAGACCGACACGACAUUGUCAAACAUGAAGGUGGUCCCCCACAUGUCUCGUGAUGGUGGAAAAGGAGGCACGAUCAAUGGGACGCACCUUUUUAUCUUCUGUGACACUGCCAGUUUUCAGAUCGAUCAGACCUCCAACACCAGCCAGAUGGUUGGAUUUGUGUCCAGCUCAGUGGCCACAGAUGUUGGAAUGAAGGCUCUGUAUGGCCAAUCACUUGAUUUAGUGGACAACAUUGGCGAGUGGCAGGAUGACGUUGGCAGAAUGAGAGGGUUCGCUCCAAUGACAACAGGAGAAGAAUCCUUCAACAUUGAUCUGUCCGGGAACGGUUAUCGAUAUGCUGUGUGGCCUGAGUCGUCCCUGAUUCCGCUCAACGAAAGUCAUGCUUUGCUUUACCCGGCGCUGGUCUAUGACGUUGUGGAUAUGACCACACAGGCGGCAGUCUUCAAUAAUGUUGGCAACUCGAUUCUUCUAGUCUCUGUGGAUCCAACCUAUGGUCCGUCAGCCAAUCGUGUUGUUCGACAGCUCUACACCCAAAAUCAAGUCGCGUUCGGUACUUUGGGUGGCAUCCGUUCUUGGGGUUCCUCUGGAGCAGGGGGCAAUGACGGCCACAUCUACCUCUUCGGGAAGGGCAACAAUGGCGUCCUCGUGGCGAGGACAAUUCCGAGUGGAUAUACCGAUUUGACAACCUAUGAUUACUGGAAUGGCAGCUCCUGGAGUGGUGAUCUACCCUCGUUGAAUUCGAGCGCUGUUAUGCUCAAUGUCUCGGUCCAAGAUAUAGAUGUCAUCUAUGUUCCUGCCAUGCGAAGUUUCCUCAUGGUGUACCUCAACACUCUGGCCGACAAUACUUUCUAUUACCGCUAUCUGGACCUCGAUCUGAAUGCUGAGGAUCAAGACUUCGACGUGGACAACAUCGUGGAAGCCAAGUGGUCUGAUGAGCAAGUCCUGGUCAAGAUCGAUGCUCCUGUCCAGGGUUACAUUUACGCUGGCGGCGUGCAUGCGGGAUACUUCGGAGCCGACGACAUUGUUAACGGUGGGUGGAAGAUGCUCAUUACUUGGACAGAACAUACCGGGAAAGACGCUGCCUCUCCAGAGUCGGGAUACGCGCACAAAUCUGCGUAUGUGCAGCUCAGCAUUGGUUAA